UAGGUACUCUGGCAUGUAAUGAAAGCUGCAGCAAGAUGGACGUCAUGAGGCCAAAACUGAUUUGGGCUAAUGGAGUAUGCUACAGAGUAAACCACAGCCAGAUUUCAAAUGGAGACGAAGAUCCUAACGACUUUAUCAGAGGUGAUGAUGCUGAUUGUGAGGAAGAAGAAAUGAUAUCUCCAGCAGAAAUAGAAGAAUGGAACGGGAAAUUCAGGGUUCUGCUGGACAUUCCAAGUGCACUGUACGGAAGCAUUAUCGGCAGACGAGGAAACUCGUUGCACCAAGUUCAAGAUAACACGGGAUGUAGGGUGACUGUACCACGUGGGGCGAAGUCCAAGGUGUCAGAGGUUGAGGUGGUCGGAGAGCAGCGCCGCCGGGUGGUGCGCGCCUGCAACAUGCUGACGAUGGCGGCGGAGCGCGGCCGCCAGCGGCUCGCGCCCUCGCACUUCGUGGCUGUCCGACUGGCCACCCAGCACGUGCAGAACCGGCUGGAGACGUUCAAGGUGGGCAGCAGCACUGACCGGUGA